AUGGAAGACUUCAAGAGCCAAGAUGCCGAGAGAUCAAUAAUCGAGAAACCAAGGCUGAAAAAAUCUCACGAGCUCCUCACAUGCACCAUAAAAUCACCAUCAUUCUCAUACAUCCAUCUAGAGCUCUUGACGGACCCCCCUGAUGCGAGCGUUGAACUGGAUAAUCUUCAAGUCAAAUCCUAUUGCACAGCGGCUUUGACCCAAUUUCUCGGCAUAACGGGUUCUGCAAUCUCUCUCGAUAUACUAAAAGUCGAAGAGUCUGGGUGCUGGAUCCGGGUACCUCGAGAUGGCCUUGGCCCGUUUGCUGCCGCGCUUACUGCCUGGAAAGGUACGAGCGAUGGAAGCGUCAAGCGCCUUUUACGUAUCAAACAGUGCUCCGACUGGCUCGGUAUGAUGGCCGGAAGCGAUGGACAAGACCAACUGUGGAAUAAUAACUGA